GUCUAUUUUCUAUUGUCCAACCCAUUUUUAAUUCCUGCAUUCCACAAGAUCAUAUUUCUAAUCACUGAACUGUUGGAACCGCCCAGGAAGUUUGCGACUAUAAUUGAAAGCACAUCUUCGGUUUGAGCUGAGAGCUGAGGAACAGAAGCUGAGAACUCAGACGAAAGACAAAUAGUUUCUACAUUUUGAUCUGCAGGUGUGUUAAACAUCAGAGGAAGUUCAAAUUCACCAAGUCAACAUGAGCAAUCAACAGUCUGCCUUUAAUAAAGCAAAACCUGGAGAUUUGAUUGAAAUAUGUCGAACAGGGUAUAAACACUGGGCCCUCUACAUUGGACAUGGAGAUGUCGUACAUGCAACUUCAGAUGGAGCAAGUUUUCCCUCCUCUAGAUCGGCAAAAGGUGGUGUGAUUAAGAGGGAGCCUCUCACUGAGGUAACUGGACGUGAUUCCUACAAAGUCAACAACGAUUCAGACGGAAGAUUCAAAGCAUUACCCGUGGACGAGAUAAUAAACAAGGCUAAACAAAGCAUUGGACAGGAAGCGAAUUACGAUCUUCUAAAUCACAACUGUGAACAUUUUGUAAACAAACUUCGAUAUGGUAAAGAGUUUUCCUACCAGCUGUCUGAUGAGCUACUUGGUAUUGAAAGUGAGCCUGUUUGUCUGGCAAAGGGAAUGUUAUCAGACAACUCCAUUUUAGCCGAGAAGCAUGUUUCUCCUCCCUCACCUGCCAUUCAGGAGCUGCAGCAGUCGUUCCAGGUGAGACAGAGGUUCACAUACACCUCAUCUACAGUCUAG